GGGGAAGGCCUCCAAUUAAUAACCUCGUCUUAAUCCUUUGGACUCAUUUCCAAUCUGCGGGGCCUUGGUGACAUCUGCAACACUAAAUAAAGAUUCUCCCGAGCCUUAGCGCGGCGGUUCUGUGACAAAUAAGAAGACUAGAGGCAACUUUGGCUGCCAAGCUGCAAGAUUGGUGAGGUUGAGCCGCUUGUUUGGUUCCCAGGAGGGACCGGCAAAGUUAAAUACUCCUGGAAAAGCCGCGUCGGGCCCAGCAGGUGUGGAGCUGCGCAAAUGAGAAGCGGGUGCCGAGAUGUUCCUCAAUAAGUGUGAGGGGGAGCUGGGCGAGCUGCGGAAGCCGGGGGACGGCGAGGAGACGCCUCCAGCUGCUGCCGAGGAGGAGCAGCCCAAGAAGAAGCACCGGCGGAACCGCACCACCUUCACCACCUACCAGCUGCACGAGCUGGAGAGAGCCUUCGAGAAGUCCCACUACCCCGACGUGUACAGCCGAGAGGAGCUGGCCAUGAAGGUCAACCUGCCCGAGGUCCGCGUGCAGGUCUGGUUCCAGAACCGCCGAGCCAAGUGGAGGCGGCAGGAGAAGAUGGAGGCCAGCUCCAUGAAGCUCCACGACACCCCCAUGCUGUCCUUCAACCGGCCGCCCAUGACGGCCAACGUGGGGCCCAUGAGCAACUCCCUCCCUCUCGACCCGUGGCUGACGUCGCCCAUCUCCAGUGCCACCCCUGUGCACAGCAUCCCCGGCUUCAUGGGAGCCCCCCAGGCCCUGCAGCCCCCCUACGGAGGGCACUCCUUCCUCAACACCCCCCCGGCCAUGGCUCAGGGCAUGCAGCCCAUGGCCCCCGCGCCCUACCAGUGCGGCACCCCCUUUGUGGACAAGUACCCGCUGGAGGACGUCGACCAGAGGAGCUCCAGCAUCGCCUCGCUCCGCAUGAAAGCCAAGGAGCACAUUCAGACCAUCGACAAGACCUGGCAGCCCAUUUGAUGAACGCUCCCCACUGCUCCCUACCCCGACGGGGCG